UCCAGUCAGGUGGAAUCCAGUCGGUGUCCUCGGAGAAAACGAACAGACUGUGCUGUAAAUGUUCAUAAAAAUUGCAAGACAUUACUUCCUGAAUGCACCAGUAGCAAGUCAAAGAGGGAAAGUUACAAGGCCGCAGCAUCUUCCCACAUAUCUUCAUUUUAUCAACAAGCAACAUUGAAGGAUCACCCUCGCAUUGCUAUUGUAGGUCUAGAUGGGGCUCAUGUGCAGGGACGGGGGCUCGGAAUGACUGUCACCAAUAGAGGAAAUUCAAGAGUGGAAAUACAAGCAACGGCAGGCAGCAGAACCAGUUCCGCCGCAGCAGAUAUGGAUGAUUUGGACUCGCCUUUUAGCAAACUAAAGAUAUUCACGGAAGACAAUUUGUCUUUGGCCCCCUCAAGUACAGAGUCUUUAUUUGUAGAAGAUGCUUUUUUUUCGUCUGUGAGAUCUGAAUUAGAAGCGGAUGCUGUUGAACUUGAGGCUGAGUCUUGGAGCAGUGCAGUUGAACCUCCGUUUGCCAAGAAACAGAAGAAAGAGGUUAUCAAGAGGCAGGAUGUUAUUUAUGAACUAAUGCAAACAGAGAUGCACCAUGUUCGGACACUGAAAAUAAUGUUGAAAGUUUAUUGCCGAGCACUUAGAGAAGAACUGCAUUGGAAUAAAGAAGUCAAUCAACUUUUGCCCUGUCUGGAUGAACUCCUGGAACUGCAUGGGCAGUUCUUGACUCGAUUUAAGGAGAGGCGCAAAGAAUCCUUAGAAGAGGGUAGUGAUCGGAACUACAUCAUUCAGAAGAUUGGAGAUAUUCUUGUACAACAGUUCUCAGCUGACACUGGUGAAAGGAUGAAGAACAAAUAUGGUAUCUUUUGUAGCCAGCAUAACAGAGCAGUCAGCCACUACAAGUUCCUGAUGAGAGAGAAUAAGAAGUUUCAGAACCUCAUGAAGAAAAUGGGUAACUCUUCGAUUGUAAGGCGCCUGGGAGUCCCUGAGUGUAUACUCUUGGUUACACAGAGGAUUACAAAAUAUCCAGUCCUUGUAGAGAGGAUAAUUCAAAACACAGAAGAAGGGACUGAAGACUAUGAAGCAUUAACUCAGGCCCUUACACUCAUAAAAGAAACCAUAACAGAAGUAGACUUUCGUAUUCAUAAGAGUGAGAAGGGACAACGUCUGGAUGAAAUCAUAGCCAAAAUGGAGCCAAAAUCCUCUGGUAAAUUCAAAAAUGGGAUGACAUUUAGGAGGCAAGACAUGGAGAACCGGCAACUUCUUCAUGAUGGCUUGCUAUAUUGGAAGACUGCUUCAGGAAGAUUGAAAGAUAUCUUGGCCGUUUUAUUGACAGACGUACUGCUUCUGCUUCAAGAAAAGGAUCAAAAGUAUAUAUUUUCUUCUGUGGAUGCCAAACCUCCUGUUAUUUCAUUACAAAAGCUGAUAGUCCGAGAGGUGGCUAAUGAAGAAAAAGCCAUGUUCUUGAUAAGUGCUUCAAUGAAAGGCCCAGAGAUGUAUGAAAUUCAUACUGCCUCCAAGGAGGAGAGGAAUACCUGGAUGACACUGAUUCGUGGUGCUGUGGAGAGUUGCCCAGAUGAAGAAGAAAUAACAAAUGAAGCCGAUAUUGAGCGAAAACAGGCGUACGAGCGUGCUGCUAAAAUUAGGGACUUUCAAGAGCGUCUGACUAUAAAGGAUACAUAUAUAAUGCAAACUUUGAGUGAAAAGUUACAACUUUACAUAGACAUGGGUGAGCUAUACGGUUUCGAUGAUUCUUCUCAAGGAUCCAAGAUGAGACUUCUUGUUGGAUCUGAUAGUUCAGACAACUUACAAGGAGAAAGCACACUCCACUCUGCAAUAGGAGAAGCUGAAAAGAUCCAUUCCAUGCUAUUAAGUCUCUUCUUCAAUUCACACGAUGAUACAAGCACAGGUGUUAGUGCUUUGCCAAGACGAUCAGAGACCUUUGGAGGCUAUGAAAGCUCUGGACAUUCAAAAAGUGGCAGCUUUAAACAGAGGGUCAAAGAUCGACGUACAACAUCCACUAGCUCAGAAAGCCACAUUCAAGAUCUUGUGUAUAGUGAGUCUGAAAUAUCAGUCCUGGAAAACAACAAUCCUUCUUCUAGUCAAGAAUCUGAGCUCAUCAGCAAGAUGCAGACACUAUUGCAGCUACUGUAUAGUCUACAGUCAAUAGUAACACAACAAGACAGCUACUUUGAGGUGCAGAGAGAACGUGAGAAACAGCUGGGACAGCUGUCAUCAAAGGGUAACUGGUUGUUGGAGCAGGAGAAGCAACGUAAUUUUGAAAAGCAAAGGGAGGAGUUGGCCAAUGUACAAAAACAGCAGGAGCAAUUGAAACAAGAAAAGCAUCGAUGGGAUCGUGAAAGGACUAAGCGACAAAAAGAGGUGGAGGCUGCCGAUAUGGGGCUACAGCAAAGAGAGGAGGCUUCUCGGAUAGAAAGAGAGAGGUUAGACCAGGAGCGGUCAGAGCUAGAGAAACAAAGGCAAGCUUACCAGCAUGAUUUGGAGAGGUUGCGCGAGGCACAAAGAGCAGUCGAGAAGGACAGAGAGCGCUUGGAGCAGUUGAAGAAGAUAAAAAAAACAAGUGUUAGUGCUGGAUCCUUUUCACCAGACGUGGUCCAAGUAACUUUGGGUGUAACACAUUCAGCAAGCUUUAAUGGUGAAGGAAUGCAGAGCCUAGAAGGGGCUGGUCAGCAUGUCCUUAAAACUUUAGCCAAAACAAGUGCAUCUGUAUCUGCAGCUGAUUACCUGGAGAGACCUGAAGUCAUGCGUCGGGAUAGUUGUUCCACUGACACAAGACCAGCAUUGAAAAAUGAUGUGCCCAUCCAUUUGUUGAGUGCCACUAACCAGAUCCAAAAGCAAGCAUUACCUACAAAACAGCAGAUUCCUACUAAACUGGCUGCCCUGAGCAAAAGUGGAAAGGAAAAAGCUGGCAGAGGAAAAGCCUCACAUCGUACAGAUAGUUCAGCAUCUAUAGAUCACAGGCCACUGUUCCCAUCAAAGCUCUCUGGAAAGGAAGACAGUACAGUGAGGAGCAGACGAUCAGCAAGUCCUAGUCUCACAAAUAGUCUUAUAACAUUCUUUCCCCAAGACCCGCCAGGACAAGGAGAUCCCAUCACUGAGACUCCACCAUAUCAUUCAAGUCUCUACCGGCAAAGCAGUGCUCACUUACUGACACCCUCCAUUCCUCCUCCACCACCUCCUGCACCAGAUACUGGUGAAGAUACAAACAAAGAAGAUGUUAUAUUUUUUUAGCUCCGUCACUGAUUUUUAUACACUUUUCAUGGCACUGACCGAAAUAUUGUGGAUCAAUGCUUUUACCACUAAGGCCUUUUUAUGAAGUUUUAAAUGAUUAGGUUGAUUAAAUGGAGUCUGUACAAGUAACAGUUUUUAAAAUGUUGAGUUGUUCAGUCCAAAGAAUAAUGAAGGGACAUUCACUAGUAGAUUUGCCAAAUGCAAUAUUGGUCUUUGAGACUUUUUUUUUUUCUGUUAACUAUGUAGGUGUCUGACCUGAUAUCUCUGUUCCUGAAUGUUCCAAGUGCAAUUGAAAUGACGUCAAAGGGUAAUGGUGCAUCUAUGUCAAAUUAAAGCAUCGCCUGCUGGACAGGACUGCUUAAAAUGUAGGUUAAUAUGUCCUAUGCUUGUUAUGUUAUUCCACAAACAUUUCCUGGUAUUCCCAACAGCCUGUC